GUCAUAAACCUGAUGUAAGCGUAACGUAGGGCGUCGAAAUAAUACGCUGAAGGCUGAACAAAAUGUAUUUUUUACGGAUGUUUCCGUGAAACAAACUGUUCCCGAGACAUAUUGGUAUCUCGAAUAUCCAACGCUGGUCUCUCCUUGCACAUCUUUAAAACUAUGGUUGCAGAAUCAUUAAUGAAUUGCAUCGACAUUUUGGUGGCGCGAGGAGUCCAUUAUGUGUGUGUGGGUCUAUUUCCCGCCUUAGAGUGAAAAAUAAAAACGUAAUUGUGAAAUACUGUGUAAAGUAAGUCACAUUUUAGUUAUUAUUAGAAUAUUACGAGAUAACGAGAAGAAAAUGGCAUUUAUGAGAUAUAAAGUCGCAGUUACCUUUAUAUUUUACUCUCGAGAGUCGGAAACUGCCGUCAGUAAUUGGUCGAUUCUUUUUUCUUUUCUUUUUUCCCCCCGAGUCAGAACAAACCAAAACGAUUCAAAGGUUGUUUGACUUUGGGAAAUUUUGACAACAGUUAACAACGGCCAAAAAAGUAGACAAAAAAAAAAGUAAGUUUUUUUUUUUUUUUUUUUUUAAAUGAUCAUGGAGUUCUCAACAGUCAGUCAAGUUUUCUUAAGAAAAAUUAAGCAAAUACAAAAUACUAUAUCAGGCACUAAUGGGGACAUAAUUGGAUAAAGAUAAAAAUCAGAGGGCUAAAUGAGUUUCUUAAUGGCAUGUGUGUCCAUCAGUUGUUCUUUGACACCAUGUGGUGUUCUAUUAUGACAUCACCGAAUAGAAUGCUAAUAUUUCUCAGAAUACAGUAGAAUGCAAAUGCCUGCUAAAAGAUACUUUGCUGCAAAAGUGAGGAACAUGAUCCAAACUCAAGACUAGGUGUUUAUGCGGUUGAUGUUGUAAACUCCUGUGAGAUAUACCACAAUGUCCAUUAAUAACAUUUUGAAAGGCAUGGGCUACAAGUUCAUCUCCUCGCUUGGUGAAGGCAGUUUUUCCCAAGUCAAGCUGGCCACCUCGCAGAAGCACCACUGUAACGUGGCCAUCAAAAUCGUGGACCGCAUUAAGGCCCCUGAGGAUUUCGUUCACAAGUUUCUCCCAAGGGAAAUGGCAGUUUUAAGACGAGUGAACCACAUCCACAUUGUCCAAAUGCACGAAUUCAUCGAGGUGGCUGGUAAGCGACUCUGUAUUGUGAUGGAAGCUGCUGCAAAAGAUCUCCUUCAGAAGAUACAUGAAGUGAAUCGCAUCCCAGAAGACCAAAGCAAAACCUUGUUCUCUCAGAUGGUCAGUGCGGUCAGCUACCUCCACCAGAUGGGCAUCGUUCAUCGGGACCUCAAGUGUGAAAACAUACUGUUGACAGCCGAAGAACAAGUUAAGAUCACAGACUUUGGUUUCGCCCGCUGCAUUCAAGACUCAUCAGAGCUCAGUCACACCUUCUGCGGUUCUGCAGCCUAUACUCCACCAGAAGUCAUCAUGGGAACGCCGUAUGACCCAAAGAAGUAUGACGUAUGGAGCCUUGGGGUGAUUCUAUACAUCAUGGUGACUGGAAAGAUGCCAUUCGAUGACAGCAAUGUGAGACGACUUUACCGCCUUCAGCGGAAGCCUUUGGUUUUUCCGGAUGAUGCUGGUGUUGAGGAACCAUGCCGGGUCUUCAUCCGUACUCUGCUCCAGUUCAGUCCUUCCACACGUCCAACCAUUCAACAGGUGGCAGAACAUCCGUGGCUGCAGAUGGGACAAAGCUAAAGAACAAGAAGCUAAUAAAACAAUGUGUGCAAAUGCAGAGAAACAGUCACAAAUUCAUUCA